AUAGAUUUUAGCAGUUGCUCAGACUGAACAAAUCUAAAGCUACAAUGAGACGGCAGGCAAAGUUUAGGCCUCUUCUCACAGCUGUCUUCUUCCUGAUCCUCUGCGGCCUCACCUACGGUCGCUUCAUCUCCGACCAACCAGAUCUCGUCUCCGAUGGUGUGGUCCGCGAAUCAAAGGUGCCGCACUUCCUCCGCCUCCACGCGGCGGAGGAAACCUGCGAGCAGACCUACGGUUUCUUGCCGUGCACCUCCACCGGACUCGGAAAUCUGUUCCUGAUUCUGGUGUACGGUUACCUCAUGUUCCUCGCCGCAACGUAUCUCUCCACCGGUAGUGAGCUUCUUCUCGAGAUCCUCGGCCCCGGAAUUGUCGGCGGCCUUUUCCUCCCCAUCCUCGGCGCGCUUCCCGAUGCUAUGCUAAUUCUCGUUUCUGGACUGUCUGGAAGCGUUGAAACUGCUCAAAGCCAGGUCUCGGUUGGAAUGGGGCUGUUAGCCGGUUCAACAGUCAUGCUUAUUACAGUAAUCUGGGGAACCUGUAUUAUUGUGGGAAAGUGCGAUAUCGAAAAUGAUCUUGCCAUAGACUCACGAGACACAAAAGGCUUGAGUUUAACCGGUUCGGGCAUAACUACCGAUGUAUGGACAAGCUAUGCAGGCAUUAUCAUGGCUAUAUCCGUUAUUCCGUUUGUCAUAGUCCAAUUACCACAAAUUUUGCAUUCAGAUUCAGGCAGGCAUUUGUCUGUCUUGAUUGCUCUUAUUGUUUCCGUGACCUCUCUGAUCUCCUACUGUCUGUACCAGGUAUUCCAGCCCGUGGUUCAAAGGAGACGGCUUGCUUUUGUAAAACAUAAGCAUGUCAUAUCUGGAAUCUUGAGACAACUGAAAAUGCGUUCCUUGGGAAGACUCUCCACAGACGAUGGGAAGCCUAAUGAAGAAGUAUUGACAAAGCUGUUUAAAGCUAUCGAUGAGAAUGAUGACGGCUUCCUUUCACAGGCAGAAUUGAGAGCUCUGAUUGUCGGAAUCCAAUUCAACGAGAUUAAUAUGGACGAGGAUGACGCCUUGGCCAAAGUAAUCAAGGAUUUCGACACCAGUCUCGACUCUCAAGUCGAUUUGAACGAGUUCGUCGCUGGAAUAGGGAAAUGGCUCGAAGAGGCCAAGGGUGCCAGAGGAGGUUCUAACCAGGCUGGUUCAAUGAAAUACAUAGACGACUAUCACAAACAAACGAAGAGAGAGCACGAGCUUUUGGGAGAACAAAGUGACGAGAUUGUCGAGGGGGUAGAGAAUCCGAGAAGUACUUCGAUCAAAGCUGGGCUUUUAUUGCUUCUUGGAACUCUCAUCGCAGCUGCAUUUGCCGACCCUCUGGUCGAUGCGGUGGAUAAUUUCUCCGCUGCUACAAGCAUUCCUACUUUCUUCAUAUCGUUUAUUGCACUCCCAUUGGCUACCAACUCCAGCGAGGCAGUCUCUGCCAUCAUAUUCGCCAGCAGGAAAAAGAUAAGAUCUGCUUCCUUGACAUUUUCCGAGCUGUAUGGAGCGGUUACGAUGAACAACGCACUAUGUCUAUCAGUGUUCUUGGGGCUUGUUUACGUGAGAGGACUGACGUGGGAUUUCUCGUCGGAAGUGCUCGUUAUUUUGAUCGUGUGCAUUGUGAUGGGAGUCUUUGCCAGCGUCCGCACUACUUUCCCACUUUGGACUGCUAUUUUAGCUUUUCUGCUCUACCCGUUUUCUCUCGCGCUUGUUUAUGUUCUUGAUUACGUCUUCGGCUGGUCAUAGAUCUACCUGUGGGGCUUAAUUUUUUUUUUUUCAAUACAAUUUUCUACGAGUUUAUGUUUCUGUAAAACUCGAUAACAAGUUCUAAUUUUCUGGAAAAGACAUGCCAUCUUUGGUGUGAGGUAUGACUUUUUUUACACUCCGAGCUUGUAAUGUUUUAAGAUUUUCGGCCUUGGUAAUUGGUCGUUUGAUUAAACGGAAAAUAAUAUUAAGUACCUCUGUUUGAUUAC